AUGACAUUGCAGAUCUCGGAAAGUAAUACGAAUGGAAGUGCAAAUAAGAGAAAUAAAAUUGAUCCGCUUCUUGUACUUGGUUCAUUCUGGCCUCAAGCUACGUCAGAAAGAAACUUGACAUGGAGAAUCAUAACGAUUAUUCGCAGUGCUGAACGUGUUGAUCGUGUUUUUGGAAAUGAUUGGCAGCGAACUGAGAAGCCCUAUGGAAAACCCGCCCCAACUGAUCUGAAUAUUGAUAGAAAUUUCAUAAUGUUUGGUUCUGAUGUUCUUAAGAACAAUUCACCGAUAACUUGGCUCGGAAAGAAACAAGUAGAAGCAGUGGCUCGCGCAAUGUGCAAUCGAGGUGUCAACCCCGAAACAGUAUACUCUUCCCCUGCCCUGCGAUCUGUUCAAACAGCUUCCGUCAUCGCAAAAUUUUUCGGUAUCAGUAUAAAGGUUGAGCCAGGACUGAUAGAGGAAGACAUGAAGGAAGUUAACUUUCAUAUUGACGCUUUGAAGAAAGUGUAUCCUAUAGACAGUACAUAUUCUCCAUUGGUUUCAAUUGAGAGCUUGAAAAAUGAAAAAAGUUUUGAUAGUCGAAAAAGGUUAAGAACAACUGUGGAGAAGCUAUCACUAUUACCGCGGAAAGCACCAUUACUCAUUGUUUCUCAUGCUUCUACUCAACAUGCAGCUUGUGAAUUAGCUCAUUUUCGGGAAACACCGGCAACAACAAAUCUAAGUAAUUCGAAUGAAGAACUAAGCGAUUCAGAAAAAUCGUUUCAAAUGCCAAGAAAUCUCACAGUUGACUCAAUAGAGCUCGGACUACGGUACGCAUUCAUUCGAACUAUGCACGGUAAAAUUCCGGCAUGUGACUACAGACUUAUGCCUAAUCUCAUCCCUCCUAUGACAUACGGACAUUCUAUAACUACACAGCCAAUCAUAUCUUCUGAUAAGUACUGA